UUCCCCCUUUCUAUGUAAACGGGUUAGAAAAUCUGACCCGGAAAAUACCGAAGCAAGCAACGCUCCAAAUACGCUAUUUCUGCAGAAAUGGCUUGUCACUCAAGUUAAAAACAAGUAGAACAAAUCGAUUCUCAGUCAGUUCUUAGCUAUCGCGGAUUCUCAAAGCUGUGACGAAUCAGAUCGAAGAUGUUUCUCACUAGAACUGAGUAUGAUAGAGGUGUCAACACUUUCUCUCCUGAAGGAAGGUUGUUUCAAGUUGAAUAUGCUAUUGAAGCCAUUAAGUUGGGUUCAACGGCAAUUGGGAUAAAGACCAAGGAAGGAGUUGUUCUUGCUGUUGAGAAGCGAAUUACCUCUCCACUUCUGGAGCCAAGCAGUGUGGAGAAAAUUAUGGAAAUUGAUGAGCAUAUUGGAUGUGCAAUGAGUGGAUUGAUAGCUGAUGCAAGGACUCUCGUUGAACAUGCCCGAGUUGAAACUCAGAAUCACAGAUUCUCUUAUGGCGAGCCCAUGACUGUUGAGUCCACAACACAAGCUCUGUGUGAUUUGGCCCUGCGAUUUGGUGAGGGUGAUGAAGAGUCUAUGUCCAGACCUUUUGGAGUAUCACUUCUCAUUGCUGGUCAUGAUGAGAAUGGUCCUAGCUUAUACUAUACUGAUCCUUCUGGCACUUUCUGGCAAUGCAAUGCAAAAGCCAUUGGUUCAGGUUCAGAAGGUGCUGACAGCUCUCUUCAGGAGCAAUUCAACAAGGACCUUACCCUCAAGGAGGCCGAAACCAUAGCGCUGUCAAUUCUAAAGCAAGUGAUGGAAGAAAAGGUGACUCCCAAUAACGUUGAUAUUGCGAGGGUAUCACCAACUUAUCACCUCUACUCCCCUUCUGAGGUGGAAGAUGUUAUCAGCCGCCUAUAAGAAGAAAAACGCUCUUGUUAUGCUUGUACUCGAUUCUCUGUUAUGGGCAAUGUUUGCUUUCAGUUGUUCUAGAAUUUGUGAAUUGUUUUUGCCCCUUCAAGCAUGAUACAUUUUUAGCUUUGAGUUACAUUUUCCUUCAAGGACAAAACUCAAACCCUUUAUGUUGCUUGACGAAAUUUGGUACAAUGGGAUAA